AUGACGAUCCGCGUCCUCGUCAACGCUGCGCUGCUGGCCAUCCCCAUCGCCGUCACCUUGGGCAUCUUGUUCGGCCUCCAGUCCCAUCGAUCAGCAACUGGACAGCCGCCGCUGUUUGCGCCCGAACCGCCUCCGAUCCCAACGCCCAAACCGAAGGUGCCGCAUAAUGGCAUCACAAAGACGAGAUACUGCCAAAAGUCGAUUGGCAUCACCCCCGAGACCAAGGGCCAGCAAUAUACCCUGAAUCCUAACCAGUGGAAUUGGAACACCGGCGAUCCGGGAGGUCUUUGCUUGAAUGUUACCACGUUUAACAACGGCACAUACGCCACGGAUACUACCGCUCCUCAGUUCAUGAUCUCAUGGCAGUACCCGCCUGGGCCUGAAGACAAUCCCGUCCAUGCUUUCCCCAACAUCCAGGUCGAUACCGACGUCUUCCCCGCGACCAUCAACACCAUCUCCAAGGUUGAUGUUGAUCUCGAAUGGUCCUAUGGCAUUGGCAACGAGACUACUGAGGGUGCGACUCUCGCGGAGCUCACAGCCGAUAACCUCAACACCAACGUCGCCAUCGACAUGUUUAUCGACAGCGAUAAGAAAGCGGCGCAAGAUCCCUCCAAGGCCAAGUACGAACUCAUGGUGUGGUUUGCGGCUAUUGGCCCUGCCACCCAGCCCAUUGGUUUCGCCCAGGGUUCGGUUUCCACCCAGACGCUUGAUGGCAAUAAAUUCGAUCUGUACGCCGGCGUCAACCAGCAGAAGCAAAACGUCUUGACUUGGUACACGGAUACGCCGGUGGAGAAGUUCAACGGGGACAUUUCUCCCCUGAUUAACAGUCUGUUCAAGCUCACUGCUACCGCUGCCGACCUGCCCAAAUCUGGCGAUUACCUUGGAUACCUGGCCCUGGGCUCCGAAGCCUUUUCCGUGGACAAGACGGUCACCCUUUACGUCCCGAAGCUCGCGAUAGACAUAGAAACAGAUACCUCAAGUACUUAA